AUGCUCAUUCCGAACGAUGCCGAUAUCAAUGCCCAAGGUGGAUAUCAUGGCAAUGCUCUUCAGGCUGCUUCAGUUAAAGAGCAUCUACAGAUCGCCCAGAUGCUUAUUCAGAGGGGUGCUGCUGUCAAUGCCCGAAGUCGACUUUAUGGCAAUGCUCUUCACGCUGCUUCAGAAGGAGGGCAUCUGGAGAUCACUCAGAUGCUUAUUCAGAAUGGCGCUGAUAUCAAUGCCCCAGGUGGAUUUUAUGGCAAUGCUCUUCAUGCUGCAUCAGCAACAGGUCAUCAAGAUAUCGCUGAGAUGCUUAUUCAGAAGGGCGCUGACAUCAAUUCCUUUCAGGCUGCUUCAGUGCCAGAAGAUCUAUUGUUCACUGAGAUGCCUCUUCAAAAUGGCGCUAAACGAAAGCGAAGUCUAUCGGAUCAAUGA